GGGCGGUGUGCGGUGCGGGGCCGCAGUUGGGGCCAUGAACGGGGCCAUGAAUGGAGUUCGGGGGUGGUGUGCGGUUCUGGACGUGCGGCCCCACGGAGAGAGCCCGGAGAGCGUGAAGGUGCUGAGGCUGAUGCUGCCGAAUGAGCUCCCGGGUGAGCGGCGCGAGCAGGUGAAGCAGAAGCCAGUGGGAAAAGCCUUCGCCAUGGUGGCCAACAGAUCAAGCAAUGGCCACGCGCUGGCAUCCGAGCGCAUCAAGUCCAACGACGGUGACGAGGAGAUCAUCAAGGUCUACCUGAAGGCGAGGGCUGAGGGCAGUGCGAAUCAUGAGGAGCACGUCAGCCAGCUGAAGAGUGAAGUUCGGCACAUCCAGGAGGUGGUGCUGGAGGAGCAGAAUGGGAGCUGGCUGCACCCUGAGAGGUUCCGCACUGAGCCUUGGGAGGAGCAGGAUGAGGAUUGUUCAGGAGAUGAUGUAGAGAAGAUGCGGCAGACAGUGAAGAGACUGUUCACGAGGCUGCAGGAGGCUGAGAAAUGCCAUCAGUUAGAGAAGAAGGACCUCGAGAGGACGGUGUCACGGUACCGGGAGGAGGCAGAGCAGACGAGCUGUGCCCUGCGGAGAGCAGAGAGGAACGUGGUGGAGAAGGAGCUGCAGGUGGACGAAAUGCAGAGGCUGCUGGCGGGGAUGGAGAAGGAGCACAGGACUUUGCUGCAGAAGAUGAAAGACAGCGAAGCAGAGCUGGCACGGCUGAGAAGUGUGGAAGGUGACAAGCUCGCCGAACAGGACCGGUCGGCCAAGCUGGAGAAGGAGGUGGCCUUGCUGCGGGAGAAGAUCCACCACCUGGAUGACAUGUUGAAGAGCCAGCAGCGCAAAGUCCGACAGAUGAUCGAGCAGCUCCAGAACUCCAAAACAGUGAUUCAGGCCAAAGACGCUAUGAUCCAGGAGCUGAAGGAGAAAGUCGCCUACCUGGAGGCUGAGAACCUGGAGAUGCAUGACCGCAUUGAGCACCUGAUUGAGAAGCAGGUCAGCCGGGGUGGCCACAGCUCCAGAACACGUUCCAAGUCGGAGUAUGUCAGCAGCAAAAGACUGAUGGGCCCCAAACCGCUGCCUCUCAUUCGAGUGGUGGAAACAUGAGUUUCGAGGGUUGGAGUGAGAUGAAGACUCUCCCCUUAUUCUCCUUGACCAGACUUCCCUGCUUGACUGUUCUCUGGCCUCUGUGCUCCGUCUGCCCUGGAGCUGCUGGCGGAGGGCUGUGCCCCGUAGGACAGACACGGCCAGGGCGGUGCUGGCAGAGGAAGGAGGGCUGCGAGGUGCCCACGCUGCUGUCCCUUGGGGUCCCACGGAUGCCAGCCUGGAGCUGGUGGGGACACUGAAGACGAAGUGCUCCUGGGCUACAGGGCUGGGCUCGCUUCCCUGCUCAGCCCUGGGUUCGCCGGGGCUGCUGUGCGAGCAGCUUCUGAAGGGUCUCAUCAAAGCGGAGCCGCCUCUUCAGAUUGUAGCUUGCCAAAGUGGACUCGGGGUUUAAAUUAUUGAAAAAAUAAUACAAAUUCACUUACAAAGCAGGAAAUCCUCUUGAAACUGGACUCCUUCCUACAAUGAAGCACAAUGAGUUGGGAGCCUCCAACUCCCAUCUCCAGCAUAUCUGCUGCUCCGAACCUGGCGAGGGCUCCUGUGGCCAAAAUUGGUGGAUUGACACAAUUGAGACAGGUGGUGGAUCAGCACAAUCAGCGCAGUCAUGGGGACUCAAUGCUGGAUCGACGUGGUCGGCAGAGUGGGUGGAUUGAGCUGAGAUCCAAUCUGCAGAUCAGCACAACUGACACAAUUGGCACAGCAACACAAUCAGUGGAUCGACACAAACCUUCUCCCGGUCCCUCUCAUUGAGCGUAGAGAAAUCAUGCCCGGUGUUCCUCUCGUUUAAACCCAGAGGUGGUUUGGUUUGUACCUGUAUUUAUUUCAAUAAAUUAUUGGUGUCUUCCAAGGAUGUGGCGACAGGCAUGAUUGCUGCUGUCCGGCUCCAGGGGAGUGUUUGAGGACUGCCUGGCCCAUGUUUGAACUGGAAAAUACCAACCUGCUUUCUCCGGCCGCUCCUCGCUGCGUCCCUGGGUCAACCUGGAGGAGCUGCUGUGCUGAGCGGUGAGGCAGAGUGCUGUGUGUACACCUCGCAUCUGUUAAUACAAAAAUACACCUGUGUUAAGCUGUC